AUGUCGAAGCAAGUGACUCACAUCCAAUUUGAAACUUCGGUUGGACCAUUUGUUUUGGAAUUGUACUAUAAUCAUGCGCCGAAAACGUGUGAAAACUUUAUUGGAUUAGUAAAGAAGGGCUUUUAUAACGGAAUUAAGUUCCACCGCAUCAUUCCAAAUUUUAUGAUUCAAGGUGGUGAUCCGACAGGCACAGGAAGAUAUUCUGAGUCAAUUUGGGGUCACCCUUUUGAGGAUGAGAUCACUCGCACAUUGCGGUUCACGGGCGCUGGAAUUUUGGCGAUGGCAAAUUCGGGUCCCAAUACAAAUGGAUGCCAGUUCUUCAUCACAUUGGCUCCCACUCCGUGGUUGGAUGGAAAGCAUACAAUCUUUGGUCGUGUGAGCGAGGGAAUGAAAACGAUAAACCACUUGGGUCGCAUUCCCACGGAUUCAAACGACCGUCCUUUGCAAGACAUCAAGAUUCUUCGUGCGUAUUGUUUAUAG